AUGUCGUCUAAAAACAAAUUAGAAUGCUGUCUUCGACUUCCUAAUUCAACAGAGGUGAUGUCAUGUUACUGUUGCAAAAAACGAUAUCACUAUAACUGUAUUUCAACAUCUAAAACAUGUUUCAAUGAACUGUCCGAGAAUUACAAAACUACAUGGCUGUGUCCAACUUGUGCUAGACCUAAAAGAGACAACUCAAACACACCAAUUAGGACCUCGAUUACUACUUCAGAGGAGCAUGAAAACCAGACUUGCAAUGUUACUCGUCGCAUCAAAGAUAAUGAAAGGAAGGUUAUUGAUACAAUAACACCCGACCUACCACUACAUGAAGUCCGGUCUAUUGUCAGAGAAGAAAUGAAAAGUUUGCUAGACGUUUUCAAAAAAAGCAUACUGGAUGAAUUCACUACAAAAACGAACGAAGUUCUUGCGUCUAUAAAUUUCCUGGAAAAUCAAUAUGAAAACAUCAAGAAAGAUUUAUCCGCUAGAAAUGAAGUAAUUAAAACCCUACAGUUAGAAAAUAAAACACUACACUCCAAAGUGAAUGACUUACAGACUAGACUCACUUUAGUUGAAAAUCAAUCCCGAGCCAGCAACCUAGAAAUCCAAUGCAUUCCUGAGCACCGAUCUGAAAAUAUCAUCUCUACAGUGAAACAACUGGCCGCUAACGUAAAGUAUAACUUAUCAGAUACUGACAUACAGAGCUGCAGUAGAAUAAUGAAAAUCAACAAGGAGAGCCCCCGACCACGUUCUGUACUAGUCAAAUUUAGUAGUCCAAGAAUACGGGAUAAUUUUCUAGCGGCAACUAUAGCCUUUAACAAACAAGCGAAAUGUAAGGAGGACAAAUUAAAUACCAGUCACUUAGGCAUCGGAGGAAACAAACAACCUAUAUAUGUUACCGAACAUCUCCCACCGGCUACAAAGGCACUACACGCAGAGGCACGCAUUAAAGCUAAGGAACUCAAAUAUGAAUUUGUCUGGAUUAAGAACGGUCGAGUUUUUAUGCGGAAAUCAAAGUCGUCUGAAUACAAAAUUAUAAAAAGUUCAGAAUCUCUCUUAAAUUUAUCGUAA